CGGGACUGGGAGGGCUUCAACAACGACCCCUACCUAGCUGGUGUUCUUAUCGGCCAGUCUGUCCGCGGUCUACAGGAGUCCGUCAUUUUCUGUGUGAAACACAUUGUCGGUAACGAGCAGGAGGCUAACCGACAUUUUCCCACGCUACCCGGUGCACACAACCAAAGCUUAUUCUCCAAUAUCGAUGACCAUACCAUGCAUGAGCUGUAUCUCUGGCCGUUUUAUGAUGCCGUC